GAGCGGGAGCGAUGUUGAGUGCACGUAUUGCACAAAGUUCGCGCCUGGUCGCUUCCACAAGUGCUGCUCCGGCAACAGGAGCCUUCCACUCUUCCGCUGUCGCUCAUGCCAAGGUCAAGUCGCGUCAGGAGACAAACAUCAAGGGUCGGGAUGAGCGUGCGCGCAAAGAGGCUCUAAAUCGACCACACGUCGUUCUUGGUCACCGUCCGGGCGACGAGGCGAAAUGGCGCAACUGCGACCUCGCGAAAAUCCUAGUGACGGAGAAGGACAUCGAGGCCGCGGCCCCAGUGCCCAACACUGUACCGGAUGGCGCAGAGGAGGUUGUCGUGCCGCAGUUCUUGAACUACGGUCUCAAGGACAAGGAACGCCAGAAGCUGUUCGAGACGUUACCUGUGCUCACCGCGGAGGCCCGGGUGAUGCGGGAUCUCGAGCAGUCUCACCAGCUCCUUCCGCAGGAGAUGAUCACCGUUGCGGAAAGGGCACAGAAGGAGGGUGAGGCGGCACAGCUCUACAAGGCGCAGCUACUUGCGAGGAUUGUCGACCUCCGGAAUGCGAACGCACGCGGUAUCGCGUACGAGAACCGACAGCGGUGUAUCGCAGAGUUCUCAGAAUCUGGCAAGCUGAAUGAUACAGGCCGGCCAGAAGUUCAAGCUGCGAUAUUGACCAUGCGGAUACGGAACGUGUGGGAUCAUCUCAUGCGGAGCAAAAAAGAUAUUGCAGGCCGACGUAGUCUGCGGUCGCUCGUGCACCAACGGGCGAAAAUCCUCAAGUACUUGAAGCGGCUUGACCAAGACCGAUACGAGGCUGUCCUCGAACGACUCGGUUUAGAGCCCGCAGCUGUUGAGGGCGAGCUGGUCGUUUAGAGCUUACGGUACUCUGAUUUAUAUCUUGGUUCAAUAUUCAUUUAUUGGUGCUACACCAGCUCGACAGUGGGACCGGGUGUCAU